GUAAUUGGAGCGGAGAACUUUCUCAAAUACAGCAACUGUCCGCAAGUGCGCUUCCACUUCCAAGUCACUUGCGCGACGCUGCUUCACUGCGCUUUAAAGAGAACUUCUACCUUGCGAGAUCAGCGCAAGAUUGAGACAUGUCUAGAUUCCCACGCGCAAGUCCAUAACCUCUUUGCCUUUCUGGGAAUGUCUUGAACACAAACCCUGUCCUUCCCCGAACUCGCCCUUGAUUGAGCCUCAAGAUGGCAACAACGGUCGCGAGAAACGGCAACGGCCCAAGCACAAAUGGCACAACAGUCGGCAUCACUCCCACCUCACGUUUCUCCGAUAUCCCUGCCGCUAUCGACAUUCCUGUUUCCGGUGGCCUCGAUGCAGAUGAGGCGGUUGAGGUGAACCUCGAGGAUCAUUUGGACGACCCAACAGAAUUAUGCCAGCUCUUAGAGAACGAGAAAGCCGCGAAGAAUUUGUGGAUCACAAUAGCUUUGGCCUAUGCAAAACAAGCACAAAUCGAUCAUGCUGUGGAAAUUCUGGUGAAAGGAUUGGGAUCUCUUUCUCGAAGCGGUCCCAAGGAGCGUCUGAGCCUGCUUACAUGUGUCGCAUGGUUGAAUCUACUCAAGAGCAGGCAGGCUCCUCGUGUCUUGUCCGAAAAUCAGCAGACCAACGAUACGAAGACAAAAGAUACCUACCUGCGGGAAGCGACCACCACUAUCAACGAUGCUCUGCGGAUCAAUCCCGCUUUUCCUCCUCUCUACCUCACACGUGGUGUCCUGUUCCUCCUCCGAGCCUCCUUGCAGGCGUCGACGAAAACUGGUCCUGGUGCCGAUGCCGAAAGAGCGGAAUCUCUGAAACAGGCCUCCAAGUGUUUUGAUGAUGCGCUUAGGUCGUCGGAUGGACGCAACAUGAUGGCCGCGAUGGGCAAGGCUCGGACAUUGUAUCUUCUGAAGCAAUAUGGUCCAGCCCUGCAAGCAUACCAAGAAGUGCUGUCCAAGAUGCCUGGUCUCACUGACCCAGAUCCCCGAAUCGGCAUUGGCGCUUGUCUCUGGCAACUGGGAUAUCCUGACCGGGCAAAAACUGCGUGGGAAAGAUCACUCGCCUUGAACCCAGACUCAAAGGUUGCAAACGCGCUCCUAGGAGUCUUCUACUUGCACGAAAGCGCCAAAUAUCCGGCGUCAGAUCCUCAAUUCAAUAUCCUUUACAAAAAAGCCAUGAUUGACCACACCAAGAAAGCCUACACAAUUGACAAGAACUUCCCUCUGAGCUGUGCGACGUUCGCAAGCUAUUUCUUACUCACUGGUCGGUACGAUACCGUGGAGCCACUUGCCAGGAAGGCGAUCGAGCAAACCGAUAUCAACGCAAUCGCUAGUGAGGGAUGGUAUUUGCUCGCCAGAAAAGAACACAACAGCGGUGACCUGACCAAAGCAAACGACUGCUACAGCAAAGCGGAUCAGGCACGAGGUGGCCUAGACAGAGGUUACUUCCCUGCCAAGUUCGGCUUGAUCCAGAUUAUGGUACAAUCUCAGGACAUUCAAGGCGCAAAAUUCCGCCUCGAAUCGCUAGGUCAACUCAACCGUCACGUGGAAGCAAUGACUUUGCUGGGAUGCAUAUAUGCCGAAGAAGCGUUCUCGACACAAACUACUAUGACCAAGGAGGACAAAGCAGCCUCGGCUCGAAAAGCAGUGUCCCUACUCGAGAAUGUGCGCCGAACAUGGAAGGACGAGAAGUCUCGAAACAAACCGGAUGAAUCGGUGUUGCUCUACCUCGCCAGGCUCUACGAGCAGGAGAAUCCCAUCGAGAGCCUGAAAUGUCUUCAGCAAGUUGAAGCAAUGCAACUUGAGAAGAUCCCAGACGAGGAUAAGCCAGAUCCCAGCGAGGACAACGCUGCUUACAUUGCGCAAUUACGCGAACAUCUCCCGCCACAACUUCUAAACAACAUGGCAUGCUUCCUGUACGGGCAAGAGUCCUAUACCCUGGCGCGGGAGACAUUCCAGAUUGCACUCAGCGCAUGUGUGAAGCUGACGGAGAAGCAAGAAGCGGAGAAAGAAGCUUUGGAAGAGGGCAAAAUCAACUUGGAAGACGUUGACAAUAGUGAUACGGAUGCUUUGGUGACCACAAUCUCCUACAACUUGGCUCGAACUUAUGAAGCCUUAGGGCUGGUCACUGAGGCACAGAAGGUGUAUGAAGGGCUCCUUGGAAGACAUGCUGAUUACACGGACGCUUCCGCCCGAUUGGCUUAUAUUGCUUUGGAAACGUCUCCGCGUGAGGACGGUCCGCGCAAGAUCCACGCCGUGUACCAGAGUGAUUACGGCAAUACUGAGGUCAGAGCGUUAAUGGGCUGGUACCAUCAUAGCGCUAAGAAGAAGACCACCAACCUUGCCGAGGAUACGGAGAAUCGACAUUACAAGCACACGUUACAGGGCUACGACAAGCAUGAUCUCUAUUCACUCACGGGCAUGGGCAAUGUCCACCUCACAAUUGCCCGGGACAUGCCUCGUAACACGGACCAAGAGAAGGAAAAACGAAGCAAGAUGUACGCCAAAGCCUACGAGUUCUUCGACAAAGCUUUGCAGUUGGACCCGAAGAAUGCCUACGCAGCUCAGGGUGUCGCCAUCGCUCUGUGCGAUGACAAGAAGGCUUAUUCGGACGCCGUGCAAAUAUUCACCAAAAUCAAAGACACCCUCCGCGAUGCUUCGGUCAACCUCAAUCUGGGUCAUGUGAUGACAGAACUGCGCCAGUAUCAACGCAGCAUCGACAAUUACGAGAUCGCCCUGAGAAAAGAAGGGAAAGGAGAAAAUGCUCAGUUACUGGCGUGCUUGUCAAGAUCAUGGCUGUUGAAGGGUAAAGCGGACAGAUCUAUUUCCGCCUUGAACACUGCUCUUGACUACAUGAAGCGUGCAUUGGCCACUCAAACUGACUCUCCUCAUCUCCAAUUUAACGUGGCCUUCAUUCAAUUCCAAAUUGCGCAGCAUGUCAACCAGGCUAAGGAGACCGAUCGUACCCUCGAGGAUGUGGACGCUGCUAUUACUGGACUUGAGGAGGCUAUCGAGACUUUUGAACAAGUGGCAAGACACAAGCAGCCACCUUACCCUCGAAGUGCGCUCGAACAGAGAGCGGCUAUGGGUAAGAAUACAAUGCGGAACCAGCUUGAGCGACAACGUGGGAAACAGGCAGCUUAUGAGACUGAAAAUGCCACUAAACUGCAGGAAGCCAAGGAGAAGCGUCAAGAAGAACUUCGCAGACGUGAAGAAGCGGCCAGAAGACGCAGAGAAGAGGAGGAAGAACGUGCAAAGAAGAUUGCAGAUGAACGGCGGAGGAUCGUGGAAGAGACAGAGAAACUUGCGGAACACCUACGUGCAGAGGCCGCUGCAAGGGAGGCUGCUGACUACACUGAUGACGAGGAAACCGGCGACCGUGUCAAGCGAAAAGCCAAGAAAGGAGGAUCCAAGCGGAAGAAGAGGGACGACGAGGAUGGGUUUAUCGAAGAUGAUGGGGACCAAUUUGACGGUAAGAGCGAGAGGAGCGUGUCUAGAACGCCGAUUAGUGGGUCCGACAACGAAGCUGCAGCUGAGAAACCGAAGAAGAAGAGAAGAAAGCUGGAGAGAAAGAGCAAACCAGCAAAAGAGCCAAGAAAGAAUGACAAGUACAAGUCUGCUGCUGUGGUCGUCGAUUCCGAUUCAGAACUGGAAGAUGAGCCUGAAGCUGCCCCCACGCCCGAAGAAGGUGCUGAAUCCCCUGCUGGAGAUCAGGACGAGGAGAUGGUCGAUACUCGUGAUGACGAUGACGAUGAGGUCCGACCUCGGCAGCCUGCAAGACAGAGAAAACAGCUUCGCACUAUUGCCGAUGACGAUGAUGAUGAGGACGAAGAUGAGGUUGGCGCGAAUGGCCAUUCUGAACCUUCCGAAGCGUCGAAACCCGCCGACAUUGACGAUGAGGAUGACGAGUAAGCGUCCUGGGCGUUGGCAACUCUUUUGAAAACACGUUUGGGAGCAGCGGAUCGGACUUUCAGAGGGUAAAAGCACUCGAAAUCGGGCUGGGGGGGACCAUCCGAUAUGACAUUAGAGGGAGAAGGCUGCGUGACUAUGCCAAAAGCUGAGACUUUUACUUCUGGGUCUGUAUUGACUGUAUAAGAAAUGAACUAUUCAUACCCUCGAAA